UGAUAUUCUCAGUGAUUUCUUAUCCAAUUAGAGUGUCGAUUUCACUUCCAUUUCAACUUCCGAUCCCAAUUCAUCAGUUCAAAUUUCUUCCGAUUCGUUGCUAUGCGUUUCAGAUAUUUCCACACCACUGUCGUACGCUCGACUUGGAACAGAUCAACCACUAAUAAUGCCAAAAUCAACAAAUUUACAGACUCGGACAUGGUGAAAUGCACGAUUGCUAUCAGAAACCAUUUGCGCAGUGGCCGAUGUGACGCCGCAUUGCGUUUAUUCAACUCCAUGCCUCGCAAAUGCAAGGUCGCCUACGGCACUAUGAUAUCUGGCUGCUUCUCCAAUGGCAAUGUUAAACUGGCCCAUCAGCUGUUCGAUGAAAUGCCUGUCAAGGGUUUGGUGGCUCGGAAUAUAAUGAUCAAGGGAUAUGUUAAAAACAACAAUCUCAGAGCUGCCCGGCAGCUAUUUGAUCAAAUGUCUAUCAAGAAUGUUAUCUCGUGGACUACAAUGUUGUCUGGUUAUGUGAAAAAUGGUUCAAUGGAUGAGGCAAAAAGAAUUUUUGAUCGAAUGCCGGUCAAGGAUAUUGUGUCGUGGACCACAAUGAUGUCUGGUUAUGUGAAAAAUGGGUUAAUGGACGAGGCCAAGAGAGUUUUUGAUCAAAUGCCUAUCAAGGAUGAUAUCUCGUGGAACACAAUUUUGUCUGGAUAUGCACACAAUGGAUUAAUGGACGAGGCUAGGAAAGUUUUUGAUCAAAUGCCGGUGACGGAUGUUGUGUCAUGGACCACAUUGAUGUUUGGUUAUGUGCAAAAUGGGUCUAUGGACGAGGCAAAAAAGGUUUUUAAUCAAAUGCCAGUUAAAAAUGUUGUCUCGUGGAACACGAUGGUGUCUGGGUACGUGCAAAAUGGGUUAAUCGACGAGGCUAGGAAAAUUUUUGAUCAAAUGCCGGUCAAGAAUGUUGUCUCGUGGAACGCGAUGGUGUCUGGGAAUGUGCAAAAUGGGUUAAUGGAUGACACUAUGAGAGUUUUGGAUCAAAUGCCAGUAAAGCAUGUCUUGCCAUGGAACACAUUGAUGUCUGGUUAUGUGAAAAAUGGAUUAAUGGACGAGGCGAAGAGAGUUUUUGAUCGAAUGCCGGUCAAGAAUGUUGUGUCAUGGAACACAUUGAUGUCUGGUUAUGCGAAAAAUGGGUUAAUGGACGAGGCGAAUAGAGUUUUUGAUCGAAUGCCGGUCAAGGAUGUUGUGUCGUGGACCACAAUGAUGUCUGGUUAUGUGAAAAAUGGGUCAAUGGACGAUGCGAAGAGAGUUUUUGAUCAAAUGCCGGUCAAGGAUGUUGUGUCGUGGACCACAAUGGUGUCUGGCUAUGUGCAAAAUGGGUCCAUGGCUGAGGCAAACAGAAUUUUUGAUCAAAUGCCGGUCAAGAAUGUUGUUUCGUGGACCACAAUGAUGUCUGGUUAUGCGAAAAAUGGGUUAAUGGACGAGGCCAAGAGAGUUUUUGAUCAAAUGCCUAUCAAGGAUGAUAUCUCGUGGAACACAAUUUUGUCUGGAUACGCACACAAUGGAUUAAUGGACGAGGCUAGGAAAGUUUUUGAUGAAAUGCCGGUGACGGAUGUUGUGUCAUGGACCACAUUGAUGUUUGGCUAUGUGCAAAAUGGGUCUAUGGACGAGGCAAAAAAGGUUUUUAAUCAAAUGCCAGUUAAGAAUGUUGUCUCGUGGAACACGAUGGUGUCUGGGUACGUGCAAAAUGGGUUAAUAGACGAGGCUAGGAAAAUUUUUGAUCAAAUGCCAACCAAGAAUGCUCUCUCAUGGAACACAAUGUUGUUCGGGUAUGUGCAAAAUGGGUCAUUAGAUGAGGCGAAGAAAGUUUUUGAUCAAAUGCCGGUCAAGGAUGUCAUGUCAUUGAGGACAAUGAUAUCUGUUUAUGCACAUAAUGGGUUAAUGGACAACGCCAGGGGUGUGUUCGAUCAAUUGUUUAUCAAGGAUGAUAUGUCGUGGAAAAUAAUUUUGUGUGGAUAUGCAAAGAAUGGAUCAAUGGAUGAGGCUAGGAAAGUUUUUGAUCAAAUGCCACAUAGAGAUUGUAUGGCGUGGUCCUCUAUAAUAGCUGGGUAUAAUCAAAAUGGAGAUAACGAAGAAGCGUUGCUUAUGUUUACUGAAGCAAUGAAUGAUCGGGAAAUGUUAAGUGCAUCUGCAUUUGCUAGUGUUAUAAGUGCGUGUGCAGAUAUUGUUGCUUUUGAGCUUGGAAAGCAAAUUCACGGGCAUGUUGUUAAGGGAGGAUUCGCUAACUGCAAAGUGGAAAACGCUCUUGUUUCCAUGUAUUGCAAGUGUGGAAGCAUCACUGAGGCAUAUGAGAUUUUCGAGAGAAUUGAAAAGAAGAAUGUGAUAUCAUGGAAUACACUCAUCGUUGGUUAUGCAAGACAUGGCUUAGGCCAAGAAGCUCUCCAACUUUUUGAGUCAAUGAAACUAGCGUCUAAAAAACCUAAUGACAUUACCAUGGUUGGAGUUUUAACGGCUUGCAGUCAUUGUGGCUUCGUAGAAAAGGGAAAACAUUAUUUCUAUUCCAUGACCGAAGAUCACGGCAUAGUCUCAAAUCUAGUGCACUAUUCCUGUUUGAUUGAUCUUCUAGGUCGAGCUGGGCGCCUAGAUGAAGCUCACGACCUAAUAAAAAGCAUGCCUUUUGAGCCACACGCGAUUAUAUGGAGAUCUCUCCUUGGUGCUAGCAAGAGACAUAGAAAUAUAAUACUGGGAGAAAAAGCUGCUGAGAUGCUGUUGUUUAUUGAUCCAUGGAACUCUUCGGUGUAUGUUCAACUUGCUCAUUUAUAUGCUGCUUCAGGUCGAUGGGAAGAUGUCGAGAGGAUUGGAUUAAAAAGGAGGGAUUUGGGUGUUGUAAAAACGAUUGCAUAUAGCUGGGUUGAAGUGUCAAACAAGACUCACAAAUUUUCUGCUGGGGACUUCACUCAUCCUGAGAGUGAAAGCAUAUGCUCUUUCUUGGAAGAGUUGUAUGUUAGAAUGAAAGAAAACGGGUAUGUUUCAUUGACAAAAUCGGUGCCGUAUAAUGUGGAAGAGGAAGAAAAGCAUCAUUCAAUCAAAUAUCAUAGUGAAAGGUUAGCUGUUGCUUAUGGGAUUAUGAAGACACCAAGUGGAAGGCCUGUUCGUGUUUUCAAGAACUUGUGCAGCUGUGAGGACUGCCACGUUGCGAUGAAACUCAUAUCCAAGAUCACGGGAAGAUCGAUCAUCUUACGUGAUAAUAAUCGUUUUCACCACAUUGCGGGUGGUGAAUGUAAUUGUGGAGACUAUUGGUGAAAUUCGCACAUGCUUUGGGUCUAACGUGAAAUAAGCAUAAUGCUACACAUUCAUAGUUUAUUUGUGCUUCAGUUAUAAGGGAUAACACUGUCAAUAUCGAUUAUGCUUUGAUGAUUGACUUAUUCGAAUCGUUGAUUCAUAUUGUCAUUGAAUUUGGUUUGAUUUGUAUUAGGAGAUUAAUCUUGAGAUGUUCCCAUUAGGAUUUCGGAAUUGUUUACUAGGUUUUGCAUCAUGAUUUGUGUCGUGAAAAUAAUGAUCCCAAAGAUCGACAGUGCUCUGAUACCACGUUGAACGGUGUAGAGAUCAUAGUAAAGAGUUUGAGUGUAUGGAAUACAUGCGCAUGUUGUUUUAUAGAAACUC